AUGAGUGAAAAGACUAAAAUGAGAAACCAAUCUUCAAGAAUCUGGCCUGUUAAUAAACUAAUCGUAGUCCCAGCAAUAUGGAAAGAAAUCAACUGGAGCACUCCGUCGAGUUGGCCACUCUGGCUACGCUCAGGACUUGAUAAGACCGCUACAGACGUGACACCAUAUCGUGUUUUUUUGUAUCAGCGUUUUGAUGAUCAGUCUAGACGGCCAUAUAACUGGCCGUAUUGUCGAAAUGUUCACGAAGAGGCUGGUGUUUAUUUACAAUUCAUCUACGAUUACUAUUAUAAUUUACCUGAGAAAAUUCUUUUCCUUCAUGGAAAUCCAUUUGCUCAUUCUAAAGAUCCGAUCCGAACAGCUUUGUGUAUUCGCGACGAUGUUCAUUAUACCAAUAUCAAUUCAUUAUGGAUACAGAACCGACGUUGGACUUCUUGGGGCCGUAGUCCGCUGUUCAACGAGUCUUUGAUGUAUCGAUGCGCACGUCGUUUGUUGCAAUUAUUAGAUUUCAAUGCUGACCUCCAAUUGAACCCUGAUAUGCACAAUUCGAAAGAUGAUAGUAUUAUCUCAACGUAUUGUUGCGCGCAGUUCUACGUAACAAAGCAACGGAUUCAUCACUACACUUAUGAACAGUGGUCAAAACUAUAUCAUGCUAGCCAAGAUCCUUAUUGUACCACACAUCACGAUCAAGAAGAGCCUGGGAGAGUUGGUGUGAAAUGGUUCGGAGGAAGUCUUGAGCAUCUUUGGCAUGUGAUACUGGGACUUCAACCAACCAAUAUGCCAAAGCCGAUGGUUGGUACAAAUACUGAUCGCUGCCAUUUAUUUCGCUCUUCGUGUGACGGUUCCCCAUGUUGA